AUGUGUUUAUUUGUGGAGACCCACUAUUCCAAUUGCAAGCACACGUGCUUCGAGCUCUACAUCUUUUGUCGCGAGACCCUCCUCCAACUAAACCGCAUCAACGAUCCGGACCAGCGUAGGGACUACGAUUUGCCAUUCGACCCUGAUUGUCCUACCUGCCAGCCAUACACAAUUACAAUGAGAUCAGCCACCCUUCGUCCGGGUGUGGGUUAUAUGAGUGUCAUCUCAGAGAGCAAUAUCGUGCACCAGAUGAUGGAUUUGGUGGAGGACUGCCCUGAUUGUAAAGCGAAAGCAUUGUGA